AUGAGAGGAAGGCUAGCAGUCUGCCAAAGGAGAUCUGCUCAGCAAUUCUACCGCAGUUUCUAUUCGCACGCAUUUACCGUACAGCUCCUAAUGCUCGUAUUUGCCACAGGUUACUGGAUCAUUGCAGCUUUGGCUCUUGAAGGUGAAGCUGUGAUUAUUGGACAUCAGGAUCUUCGGGGUGGCUGGUGGCUCAUGUUGAGUAGCAAAGCGCACAUGGCCUAG